AUGAAAGCAUUCUACAAAGAAGUAGCUUAAGAAUAAGAUAAGGACAAAGUAUAUAUGAUAACUAAAUUAGAUGUCAAUUUUAAAUGAAAUUGAUAUAAUGAGAUAGUAUAAUAGUUAUGCUCUAAAUAAAUUGUAUAAAAUGUAAGAAACAGAUAAUUCUCUUUAUAUGGUACUUAAUCUAUUAGAAGUUGGCUAAUUGUAUGAUAAGAAAAAAAUAAGGAUUAAUAAAAUUAAUUUGAAUUAUAAGUGCUUAUAUUUAGAAUUAGAUUUGAAUAAUUAAUUACUUUUGAUAGUUUAGUAUAGUUAUAAAAUAUUAGAAUUGUAAUAAUAAUUAUUUGAUUUCGAUUAAAUUAAAAUGUUUUUAAAUAUGCAUUCUAAAAAUAUAUGCAUAGAGAUUUAAAGGCAGAAAAUAUUUUAAUUAGAAAAUUGAGGGAUUUCUAUUAUAUUAUUGGUAACAAUAUUUAAUCCUUUAUAUUGCUGAUUUUGGAUUAGCUCAAAGCCAUUUUAUUUAAUCGUUGUGAUACUGCAGGAUUUAUAUCGUCAAAAGUCAAUGAUUGUAAAGAUGGAAAAAGAUAUGAUCCAAUUUGUGAUGUUUUUAGUUUAGGGUUGAUAUUCUAUAUCUUGUAAGAUAAAUUUAAUCAAAUCUUAGACUCACAUGAAAGCCAACUCUUCCUGAUAAAAGUUAUAAUGAAGUUCUUGGAAAAAUCAGAAAAUGUGAGACAUUAUAUGAUGCCUGUCUUUUUCAGAGCGAUACUUAUUAAGUUUAUGAUUUACUAAUAGAUUGAUUAAAACAAAAAUAUUGCUUUGAAAAUAAAGAAGUUUGAUAAAUUAAGACUGAAGUAAUUAUGUAACUCUACACUUCAUUCACCACUAAUAACUAUAUCUUCUGAAAUUAAGAAAAGAUUUUUCAAAUGA